AAACGUUUCUACUUCCGGUUCACUUGACGUAACAUUUGUUUACCAAUUUGUGGACCGUUCCCUUAAACGAGCUCCUUCAAAGCAUUUUCAUUGGAUGCGACAAAUUACUACUGACUGGUGGCCAACGCAAUCCCAAACAUCAAGUCAAAGAGUAGAAUGUGGAAAUGAGAAGAAAUCCAGGUCACGUCGAACAAGUAAAACACAAAAGGAAAUGAAGAGUCCCGCAAACGUCACUGUAGAAGAACUUCCCCCUGAGAAGCACAAUCCCGUCCAUGUUAAACAGAAGGAGGAGCCUGACAUGCCGUUGAUUAAACAGGAGGCGGAGCCAGAGACCUCUGACCUCAAAGAAGAAAAACAGGAAAUUGAAAUCCUCAAUUUUCCAACGGGUGUCGGUGUGAAGAGCGAAGAAGACGAAGGAACAAGCGAAGAGAGCAGAGCAGCGAACCCUUUGAGCGACAGCUCAUUACAGCACCAGACAACAAAAGGAGAGCAACCGUACAGCCUCUUAGCUCCGCUUUUGGACAGCGAUGACAUAACGUCACAUUCUUCUGACUUUAAUACUGAUGAGGAAGAGGACGACUUUGACCAAAAUGCUUCAAAAUCCUUAGACAAGUCAUCAUUUCAAAGAGACGCAAAGAAAGGUGUGGUUGAAAAACGUUUUCCCUGCUCACUUUGUGAUAAAACAUUUCCUUGUAAACGCUACUUAAGGGCACACAUGCGUAGACACACUGGAGCGAAGCCUUUUGCCUGCACACUUUGUGAUAAAAAAUUCUUCGGGAAGGCAAAUUUAAACAGUCACACAAGAACACACACUGGAGAGAAACCUUUUGCCUGCACACUUUGUGGUAAAAGAUUCACUGAGAAGGGUAGUUUAAGCAAACACACAAGAACACACACUGAAGAGAAGCCUUAUGCCUGCACACUUUGUGAUAAAAAAUACAUCGUGAAGGCAAAUUUAAACAUUCACACAAGAACACACACCGGAGAGAAGCCUUUUGCCUGCACACGUUGCGAUAAAAGAUAUUUCAAUAACAGUGGUUUAAAGAGACACACAAGAACACACACUGAAGAGAAGCCUUAUGCCUGCACACUUUGUGAUAAAAAAUUCUUCGGGAAGGCAAAUUUAAACAGUCACACAAGAACACACACUGGAGAGAAACCUUUUGCCUGCACACUUUGUGGUAAAAGAUUCACUGAGAAGGGUAGUUUAAGCAAACACACAAGAACACACACUGAAGAGAAGCCUUAUGCCUGCACACUUUGUGAUAAAAAAUACAUCGUGAAGGCAAAUUUAAACAGUCACACAAGAACACACACCGGAGAGAAGCCUUUUGCCUGCACACGUUGUGGUAAAAGAUUCACCCGUAAGGGAGAUUUAAACACACACACAAGAACACACACUGGAGAGAAGCCUUUUGCCUGCACACGUUGUGGUAAAAGAUUCAACCAUAAGGGAAAUUUAAACAUUCACACAAGAACACACAUUGGAGAGAAGCCUUAUGCCUGCACACUUUGUGAUAAAAAAUACUCCAGGAAGGGAAAAUUAAACAUUCACACAAGAAAACAUACUGGAGAGAAGCCUUUUGCCUGCACACUUUGUGGUAAAAGAUUCACCGGGAAGGGAGAUUUAAACAUUCACACAAGAAAACAUACUGGAGAGAAGCCUUUUGCCUGCACACUUUGUGGUAAAAGAUUCACCCGUAAGGCAGAUUUAAACGAACACACAAGCACACACGCCUUAUGCCUGCACACUUUGUGAUAAAAAAUACUCCAGGAAGGGAAAAUUAUACAUUCACACAAGAACACACACUGGAGAGAAACGUUUUGCCUGCACACUUUGUGAUAAAAAAUACUCCACGAAGGAUAAUUUAAACAUUCACACAAGAACACACACUGGAGAGAAGCCUUU